UUCUUGUCAAAGGUGAUAAAAAAUUGGCGACAAUAGUAUGCAAAUACCACGUGGCGCCUCCACAUUUUUUACUUUUCAAUUUGAAUGAAUCAUCAUACUAGUAAUCAACAUGACAACAUCUCAUCAUAUCAAGUUAUCAACACAUAAAAUGCAUGCAUGUAAGGGAAAAAGAAAGGAUAAGAUACUUGUGGAGAGCACAUGUCAAUAAGAUCCAACGGCUCAUAUUCACCGACAAUCCAAUCCCUUUGCAAAACAUGAGCCACACGAAAAUUAAAACACAUAACACAAAGAAGCAGAAGAGAUACCAAGCAGAACAGAACAGAAGACAACAAGAAUGGCUUCCUCGAUACUAAUGUCCUUUGCUCCGGCCACCGUAAGAUGCUUCGCCACGGGGGCUAAGGGAACCACCAACACCACCACCACGAAAGAAGAGAAAAGUAUCAUUGACUUCGUUCUUGGCAGUUUGACCAAGCAAGAUCAGUUUUACGAGACUGAUCCUCUCCUCAAGAAGGUGGACGAUAAAGAAGGAACCACCGGAGGCAACGGUGGCCGUAAAACGGUUUCAGGUGGCAAGAACUCGCUGGCAGUGCCACAGAAGGAGAACGGUGGUGGCUUCGGUGGUCUCUUUGCCAAGAAAUGAGAAAAAAUAGUAAAAAUGUGUGUAAUCUAUGUACUCUGCAUUUUAAAAGUCUAAUUGUUGACUCCUUGUACGUCAAUAUCAUCAUAAAAAAAGCUUCAUGUUCUUGAAAA